UUAUUAAAUAAAUUGUAGCGUGCGAGAUCCCACUUCUCACGUGCGAUUAACGCGGUGACUUAUUAAUCCUCUGGUUCUGGAGCUUUCUUUUCUGUAACGAAAUCCUGGAUCGUCACAUCGUUUUUGGCGCUGGUCAUCGAUUGUAGCAUUUUCCAUUUAGGUGGAAGUGAAGCAAAAGAGAGAAUGGCAGAUGACAAAGGCAUUUCUGAAAGUGAUAAGAAUGACCCUGCUGCUUCUGCGCCUGAGAUAGUAAAAAAGAAGAACAGGGGAAUCAUUUCUCGUAUUUGGAAUGGUAUCUUCAGACUAAAGGGGGAUGAUUUUGAAAAGAGAUUGCAAUACAUUUCUAAGGAAGAAGCUGCUGUUCUUGCUAGAAUGAAACGGAGAUCUCAAACUUGGAGGAGGAUGACUAGGCAUCUUAUUAUAUUCGCCAUCAUUUUUGAGGUCAUUGCGGUUGGUUAUGCUAUCAUGACUACAAGAUCAAUGGAUUUAGAUUGGAAAAGGAGGGCUUUUCGAGUUUUGCCAAUGUUCCUGUUGCCUGCUUUAUCUGCUCUUGCAUAUUCAGCCAUCAGGAACUUUGCAAGGAUCUGUGAUCGCAGGGACCAGAAAACUCUGGAACGGCUUCGGGCUGAGAGGCAAGCAAAAAUUGAUGAACUUAAAGAGAGGACAAAUUAUUACACUACUCAACAGCUCAUUCAGAGAUAUGAUCCUGACCCAGCUGCUAAGGCGGCUGCUGCAAGUGUUCUGGCAUCUAAAUUGGGUGCUGAUUCUGGCUUGAAAGUGUAUUUAGGAGAUGAACCUAAAAUUAAUGUUGCAACAGGGAAGAGUAAUGAUGUUGAGGUUUUGCAGUCUAGUGGUCUGCGAAAUCGUAAGCAACUGCACACCAGAUCCAGUAGUGCCGGAAGCAAUCCAUUGCAUCAUUCUGACGAAGAAACCUCUCGUUCUGUUGUGAGUCAGCAUCCACAAACUUCCGAGCAUAAUAACCUUGUUGUCAAUCAUCACAAUCCUCAGGGUUCUACCAUGAAUGAUGGAGGAUGGAUUGCUCGAAUUGCUGCAUUGCUUGUUGGGGAAGAUCCUACACAAUCUUAUGCUCUCAUAUGUGGCAACUGCCAUAUGCACAAUGGACUUGCAAGGAAGGAGGAUUACGUGUUUAUUACUUAUUACUGCCCACACUGUAGUGCCCUGAAUAGGCCAAAAGAAUCAGAAGAGCAUGUUUCAAGUUCUAUUACCACUUCUCCUCAAACGAGCUCCUUGACCAAAGAGUCGAACAUCAAUCCCAGUAUUCCUUUGGGUGAUAGUAUACACCAAAGUAAUUGUCCUUUGAAAGAAGGUUUGGAAGUUGAGGAAGUCGAAAAGUUGGGAUAAUUGGCCAUGACUAGUUUAAAAGCAGUGGCAUGCUUGUUGCUUGGUGAUAUGUUUUGUUCUAUACAUAUUGGCGUUGAAUCUUUCUGGGUUGGCUAUAUGCUUGUCAGAUUUGUAACGGUGUUGCUUCAUGGUGUCGAGGACGUUUCAUAGGCUAGAACUUUUGUGCUUUACGAUUAUAACCUUGUUAGAGACACAUUUCAUACAGGAGAGUUUUUUUGUGCUUAUGAUUACAUUUGUAGUGGGAGGCCGUUCUUUGAUCAAACAAGUGUGAUAAUCAUUUGGGUAUUGUAAACUUUUAAUGAAAAAUUUGGAAUGGGUAGCAUAGUUGUCAGUAUUGGUAUGAUAUUAAUGAAAAAUUAUGCGUGUUGUGAGA